UUAAUCUGUUUAGUGUCUGUCUGGUCUGUGUUGUCCCAAUAUUAAAACCAGCUUUCUUUGCUGCUCUAUCUGUUGUCUGAUUUUCUUCUCUUCUCAUUUUUUUGUUUUUUUAUUUUAUUUUGAAAAUUCUCAAGAAAAAUUUAAUUUAUGGACAGAAUCUGGAGUUUCUUUCUUUAAAACAUGCCCAUUUCCCAUUAUUUUCUCUCACGCAAAACAACAAGAAAUGAGAGAGAAAAUAAUGUUGACAACUUUCAUGUCUCUUCUCAUGUAAGUUUCGUUUGUUUCUGUGUGGAUUUCUUUUUAUGGGGUUUUCUCUCUCUCUAAAUCUUUCUUGAGAGAAUGGCCCAGCAGAUCCAAAAUCCUCAUUUCUUCUACUUUUCUUGGUGUUUCCAAAAUGACUACUUUGUGGUUUGGCUCUUUUGAGUGCUGUGAGCUCUUUUAACGAGUGAUUCCUUGGUGGGUUUUGAAGAAUGGAUUGGUUUUCUUUUUAAUUAUCAAGAAUUCUCUCCUAAUGGAGUAAUGGUACGAAGAUGGUCCAUUAUAGCUUUCUCUGAGAUAAAUUGAGAUUUAUACUCCAAGUUUCAUGGCAAUGCUAGGAAUGCAAGCAGAUAUGCAGUGCCAUUACUUCCCAGGGUAUUGUUCCACUAGGGAUCUUAAUUUAAAUGCUAGUUGUAGUAGCUGGCCCUCAAAUAAUGUUGAUAAAAUCUCAAAGAAUGGACACUACUUCAAUGGGAACUUGGCAUCACCAUUUCCCGACCACUAUUUGACAUACAAGGAAAAAGUGAAGCAAACAAUGCUCCGGCAUGAAGCUAUAUUUAGGGAUCAGAUCCAUGAACUCCAUCGCCUUUACAACAGACAGAGAGAAUUAAUGGCUGAAAUGAAAAGGGUUGAGCUUCAUGGACGUCAUCUACGGCUAGAAACCCCACAGUCGAAUCAAAUCUUCUCUGAAAACUCAUUUGAGUGUUUCCAAAGGACCCACAAAGCUUCUUCCUUGCCCUGGCUGAAUCCUGCUUUUAUUCAGUCUUCCAUUUCAGGUACUGAAAACAGCCAAUUGCAUUUAAAUUAUAUUGAAGGAAAGAUCAUACAAGAUGGUUGCAGUACUUUUCAAACUGAAGGCUCUAGAAAAGAAACCGGGUUGUUGGAGUCUAAAUGCAAGAAAGUUGGUAAAAGGAUAUUGGAUCUGGAACUUCCAGCUGAUGAGUACAUUGAUAGUGAAGAAGAGGAAUCUUUAGCUAGUGAGACAGCUCCUCCUGAGGUGUCAGGUUAUCCUAUGAAAAGCAUGGUUGAGGAUGUGCAAAAGAGUUAUGUAGAACUAUUUCGUGGCAUUAGUGAUGGUAAUUUGGUUUUCCAAGAUGAUAGUAUGGCUCAAGCUCCAUUUUCUAGGAAAACCAAAUGCCUAGCUGAUUUGAAUGAACCCAUCAAGCUUGAGGAAGAAGUAGAUCCUGAAUCCAAUGAUUUUCUAGGUCCUGUCCUAGACCAUAGCAGUGACAUGAAUUCUUUCCCUGAAAGGAUUUGUACAGAAACACUGUCCACAUCAUCUGAAGAUGAUGAGAUUGAGCAAGCCCAUGAAAUUUCAACUUCUUAUCUUUUGAAUUUAAACAGUGGAAAAUUGCACAGAGAAAGGAGCGAUUUUGGUUUAGAAAGCUAUCCUGAAAAGGUUGCAACUGCUUGCAAGCAUACUUCAAGUGAACUUAUUCCUCUGGAUGAUGUAAAGAAUCAUGAUUCAUCUUUGGUUUCAUCUUGGAGAAAGCAUACACGUGACAUUGUGAGGACCCCUAUAGCAGUUCAAGCACUUCCAUGUUUUAACUCUGUACCGUUGAGCAGAAGCUCUAAGUUCAGAAGCCCCGAGAUUCCUGGAGGCAAGUCUUGCAGUGUUAUAAAUCUUGAAUCCGGACCAACAUUUUGUAGUAUAAGUGCUCAAAGCAGCUCUUGUGAUGGUGACAAUGAGUUUGCAUCUGAAGCUAGUAACACUCAAAAGCACACUAAGGGUUCUGUGGAUCUAAAGUUGACAAGGGGUAUAGACCUGAAUUCCAUGUCUCCUAGCUGUUCUUCAGAUGUGGCUGCCCAUGGUAUUUGGAUAACAGACGGUGAAGAGAAAUGUAAAGAGUCAACAGGGGGCUCACCUUUGCUUCGAGAAAACCCAGCUCAUCUUGUGAAAUCCAAUAAAAAACUCCAAUUGGAUUGCAAUUCUGUGCCCGAGUCAGAAGAACAGAUAAAUGACCUAGUUUUUGGAAGUAGAUGCUGUGAAAUGUCUUCAGGCUUUCGAUUACACGUUGACCUCAACUCAUGCAUGAAUGAGGAUGAUUCUUCUCCAAUGCCCACUUUGUCAGCAGAAAUAGAUUUACAGGCACCUGCAAGUCCAGAAAACAAGGAGACUUCUCCACCUAGAGGAGAAUCAGAUGAAAACCAACUUGACAUGCCUUGUCAACUUCCAGAGCAAGAAAAUAGGGAUCUGCUAGAGGAUCUAAUUACAGUUGCAGCAGAGGCUAUAGUUUCCAUUUCAUCAUCUCAGAUUCGAUCUUGUACAGAGACGGUGACUUUCAAGCCAUCUGAAGCUUCGCAGAAUGACCCUCUCUAUUGGUUUUCCAAGAUAGCCUCUUCUGUAGUAGACGAUCCAGAGAGUGAAUUUGGUGUGGUUUUGAGUUUUAAGAAUACUGAUAAUCAUGAUGAGUAUCUUUCUGAUGGGAUUGACUACUUCGAGGCUAUGACAUUAAAACUUAAGGAGACAAAGGCAGAACCGUACUUUUGUAAGACCAGGGUCCUAAAGGAAGAAGCGGCAUGUCCAGCUUCAUUGCCAAUUCAGCCAAGGAGGGGCCAAACAAGAAGAGGGAGGCAGCAGCGAAAGGACUUCCAAAGUGAAAUUCUCCCAAGUCUUGCCUCUCUGUCAAGGUAUGAAGUAACUGAGGAUCUUCAUGCAAUAGGAGGGCUGAUUGAGGCUGCUCAUCAAAAUACUGGUGCCAGAAGAACAGGUAGAAAUGUUUGGAUGAGUGGGAGGAGGAGACGGUCUUCAAUAUCUCCUUCCCAGGCAGAAACCUCAUUGUGUUCACUGCUGAAGCAGCAAACCACAAAUGGCAAGUACAGCAUCGAGGAGAGCAGCCUAAUAGGCUGGGGAAAAAUAACAAGACGGCGCAGGGGGCCGAGAUGUCCUGCUACUAAUCCUCGGCUUAUUUUGAGUCAAGUAUAGUUAAACUCUCUGUUUUUACGGUUUUUGGGGUGAGUUAAUAGCAAGUAAACCAUGACAUGGUCUUGUACAUGGAAGAUAUCAUAUAGGGUCAAUCAUUAUGAGGUACUUUGAUUUUGAUAUUAUUUAUAAUUUGGUCAUGUCUUUUAAAAAAAUAGACUAUGUAAUCCAUGACAUUUGCUUUUGUUAAAUUUUAGGUCAUUUCCCUUAA